AUGACGGUCACAUACACGGCUAGAGUUGCAAACGCCCGAUUCUGUGGCUUCUCCAAGCUGCUCUGGGCCUGGAAAGGGAGCAUCUACAAGGUGUUAUAUAAAGAAUUCCUGGCUUUCUUUGCCAUGUAUACCGCCAUCAGUAUUACUUACAGAUUUUUCCUGUAUGAUGACCAGAAAAGGUAUUUCGAAAAGCUGGCAAUUUACUGCAAUCACUAUGCCAGUCUCAUCCCCAUGUCUUUUGUACUGGGUUUCUAUGUGACCCUGGUGGUGAACAGGUGGUGGAACCAGUACACCAGCAUCCCACUCCCUGACAGACUCAUGUGCGUCCUGUCAGGCGGCCUCCAGGGGAGCGACGAGCGAGGCCGUCUGCUGAGACGCACCAUGAUGCGCUACGCCAGUCUGUCAGCCCUGCUCAUCCUCCGCUCCGUCAGCACUGCUGUCUUCAAACGUUUCCCCACCAUGGACCACGUGGUAGAGGCGGGAUUCAUGACAAGAGAUGAGCGAAAGAAGUUUGAAGGUCUCCACUCUCCAUAUAACAAGUACUGGAUCCCCUGUGUUUGGUUCACCAACUUGGCUGCUAUGGCUCGCUGCGAGGGCAGAAUCAAAGACAAUCACACUCUCAAACUACUGCUGGAGGAACUGAAUGCAUUCAGAGGGAAGUGUAGCAUGCUGUUUCAUUAUGACAUGAUCAGUGUUCCUCUGGUCUACACUCAGGUGGUGACUUUGGCCGUGUACAGUUUUUUCCUGGUGUGUCUAAUUGGUCGCCAGUUCCUGGACCCCAGUCAAGGUUAUCCAGGUCAUGACCUUGACCUCUAUGUGCCCAUCUUCACUCUACUGCAGUUCUUCUUUUAUGCAGGCUGGCUCAAGGUUGCUGAGCAGCUGAUCAACCCUUUUGGAGAAGAUGAUGACGACUUUGAGACCAACUGGCUGAUAGACAGAAACUUCCAGGUUUCCAUGAUGGCUGUGGAUGAGAUGUAUGGAGAUUUGCCGAUGAUGGAGAGAGACCGUUACUGGAAUGACUCCAAUCCCCGUCCACCCUACACCGCAGCCACUCUCUUCGUCCUGCGUAAGCCCUCGUUCCAGGGGUCCACUUUUGACAUGGCGAUUCCUAAAGAGGAGAUGCACUUCCAGCCUCUGGAAGAUAUUGCUGAGAACUUGGAGGAGUCAGGAACUCGCCAUCCUAACAUGGCGCUCUUCAACCGCCUUCUCAACUCAGCCCCAUCACCGACUGGCCUAAUGGGAGGGGCCUUUCGACGCACCUCAGCACAGCUCCAGAGACUGCACCACUCGCCCGGCAUUGACCAGUACAACAGCGAUGAUGAAGACGAGGACAGCUGUAAAAUAGGUAAAGCGGGGUCUCUGCCAUCAGGGCUCGGGCAGGAGACACAGAGCACUGUGUGCAGUUUUAGGGAUGAGAAGAGUGCCAGAACGCCUUUGCUGGAGAUUCAGUUUGGGUCUGAGCAGGACUGGCCAGGAGAGCAACCUGCCAUCAAGGAGAGGAAAGAGCUGAGUAGAGCGGAGAGUAAGUACAACGAAGAGCACCAGAUUGGGGAAGAAGAAGGGAAAGGAGAGAGCGGAGAGACAACCAGAGCUCCAGUGUCUCUGCUUCCUCCCCCACCUAAGUCCUCCAGAGAGAAGUCUUCUCGACCAUCCUCCUCCAUUCCCAUCACCUCGAGUCACCCCUCUGCUCUCCUCUUUCACCCAGCUGCCCACUCUAGUCUGGAGCUCUGCAGCUCCCAGCCAGCUAUCAGUCACAACAAAGCUGUGUCCACCCCCAAACCUCCCUUGGGAGGAAACAAAAUGUCCUUCCUCACUGUGCCGUUCAGUGAACCUCAGCGUUUUCGCAGUGUGAGCAUGGGGUCAGAGCUCACAGGGUCUUAGGUGGACAGUUGGUAGGUUCACAUGAACUUGCGAUGGUUUGAAAAUAUAAGGCUUGAUGCAGUGCAUGCUUUCAGAAGUGAAGUUAGUCACUGAAGUGGGACUUUCAGUCUUACUAGUUAGUAGCACCUUCGUGGCCACAGUUUUUGGAAAUUAGUUUAGUACAUA